AUUCCCAGAAGACACGCUCUUGACUUGAUUUGGAACCCUACCUCCUUUCCGGUUUAAUUUCACUCGAUCUAUAUCAAGCUUUGCUCUUUGGGUAAAUCGCCGAUUCGAUCCAAUAUGGAUGAAGAGUAUGAUGUCGUUGUUCUGGGGACUGGCCUCAAGGAAUGCAUCCUCAGUGGUCUUCUCUCCGUUGACGGUCUCAAGGUUCUGCACAUGGACAGGAACGAUUACUAUGGGGGAGAAUCAACCUCGCUCAAUCUUAUUCAGCUCUGGAAGAAAUUUAGAGGAAGUGAUAAGCCUCCUGCUCACUUAGGUUCUAGUAGAGAUUACAAUGUGGACAUGAUUCCUAAGUUUAUAAUGGCGAAUGGUGCUCUAGUACGAGUCCUCAUUCACACUGAUGUCACAAAAUAUCUGUACUUCAAAGCUGUGGAUGGCAGUUUUGUUUAUAAUAAAGGAAAGGUGCACAAAGUUCCUGCAACUGACAUGGAGGCUCUUAAGUCUCCUCUCAUGGGGAUUUUUGAGAAGCGUCGUGCUCGCAAGUUCUUCAUCUAUGUCCAGGACUACAACGAGAAUGAACCCAAAACACACGAGGGGAUGGAUCUAACACGAGUGACAACCAGAGAGCUUAUUGCUAAAUAUGGUCUUGAUGACAACACCGUGGAUUUCAUUGGCCAUGCAUUAGCUCUACACAGAGAUGAUCGAUACUUAAAUGAACCUGCCCUGGAAACGGUGAAGAAAAUGAAGCUUUAUGCAGAGUCACUUGCACGUUUUCAAGGAGGGUCGCCAUAUAUUUAUCCUUUGUAUGGACUAGGCGAGCUUCCUCAGGCAUUUGCUCGGCUUAGUGCUGUUUAUGGUGGGACCUAUAUGUUGAAUAAACCUGAGUGCAAGGUUGAGUUCGACGACGAGGGGAAGGUAUGUGGUGUAACUUCAGAGGGUGAAACAGCCAAGUGCAAGAAAGUUGUUUGUGAUCCUUCCUAUCUGCCUAACAAGGUGAGGAAGGUGGGGAAGGUCGCCAGGGCAAUUUGCAUAAUGAGCCACCCAAUUCCAAAUACCAAUGACUCACACUCGGUGCAGGUUAUUCUUCCACAGAAGCAGUUAGGUCGCAGAUCAGACAUGUAUCUGUUUUGCUGUUCAUACUCCCACAAUGUUGCUCCAAAGGGGAAGUUCAUUGCGUUUGUAUCCACAGAGGCGGAAACUGAUCAACCUGAAAUUGAAUUAAAGCCGGGGCUUGAUCUUCUAGGACCCGUUGAUGAAAUUUUCUUUGAUGUUUAUGAUAGAUAUGAACCAGUGAACGAGCCAUCUCUCGAUAAUUGCUUCAUAUCCACAAGCUAUGAUGCCACAACUCACUUUGAGUCAACAGUAAUUGAUGUGCUCAAUAUGUACUCAAUGAUAACUGGAAAGGUUCUUGAUCUGAAUGUAGAUCUAAGUGCUGCCAGUGCUGCUGAAGAAUAGACGCGUUGGAGGUUUGUUCGUUUUCCUACAUGUUGUGUUGUGGAAAGAAGUUUACUUGAAACUUGAAAUAUCUAUAUUUCUAGAUAUAUAAGACAGACCGUCAAAUGUGUAACGAGGCUGUUCGUACUGUGUAAAUUAUGACUUGGGUGUGUUCACUCUGCUACUUGGUCCCUCAUCCUCCGUGUGCAAAUAUUUAUUUGUUUCACCUUCUUUAAUUUCU